AUGCCUGCUAAAAGGGUCCCAGUAGCAAAUGUGACAACUCAAGGGGAGUCAUAUGAAGUUGAACAGGAAUUAUUUCACCAAGAAGUUAAAGCACCUGUGUCAACUGUCAAAAGCAAAAAUGGCUAUGAUGAUGCUAUUUUUGAAGCCGUAGCCAAUUCUUCAGAUAGCACUUGGAGUUCAUCAAAUGAUGCUGUCUCAGUUGAUAAGACGGAAGACCAAGACUUUCAUGUUGAUAACGAUACUGGUAAGGAAGUCUCGAAAGCGGACGUAAUUACUGAAGUUACCGAUGAGCAAGAUUUUAUCGUCACGUCGGAAAUUUCAAUCAGUGUGGAAGAACAGCCAUUUACAGAGGGGGAAAGGAAAAAUGAAGAAUCAUUUGAAAUCAAUACUUCUCAAACUGAUUUUCCUUCGGAGCAGGUACGAGGGCAUAUGAUACAGAGCAAACAGUUCAGGGAACAGGGUUGCCUAAUUUGCUCGGACACGAUUUUGCCCACUGAAAAACCAAUCACUCAAAUGGAAGAUUCUACUGUUGAUUUUCGGCUGUAUUGUAAUGUAAGCAAAGACCAUUUGAACACCCCGACGAGAGGGAAGGAGAACACAAAUGAUGACAAAAUGAGGGAUGGAGUGAAUUCAUCGAUUGAUGAAGAGGAAAUUAUUGCCACUUCUACGCCACAGCCCCAGGAGAACAUAGAGGAACCACAGGAAACUGAUGGUGAGCAGGCAGUUGACUUCACCGUUAAAGAUGUACUUUGUUUUGCGUGGCAGAUAGCAAAGGGAAUGGAAUACUUGGCUGGCAAGGGAUUUGUUCAUCGUGAUCUGGCCGCACGUAACAUUCUUCUUGAUGAAGACAGAGCUGUGAAGAUUGCUGAAUUUGGCCUGUUACGUCGAUUUAUUCUGAGUUCAAUGUCUGACAAGAAUAUUUGGAUUGGGGACCAGUCAAUAGCAAACAUUGUGCAGUCGAAAGAGAGAUGUGUCAGCUUAGUUAUGCUAAGUUACUGUUGCAUCCCCUACCCUGGAAAAAGCAACAGAGAGUUGUACAAACAUCUUAAGUCAGGAUAUCGAAUGGAGAACCCAGCCAUUUGUUCUGAUGAGCUAUACGAGUUGAUGUUAGACUGUUGGAAGGCAGACCCAGAGGAGAGACAAUCGUUUGAACUGCUGAUAACAAGAAUGGAACCAAUGAUGACAAGGGACAAUCCUUACUUCGAUCCGAAUAUAGACUACGAAAGCGAUGCCUCCAACCCUGAGACAAAAACUGAAAAUGACUGA